GACGUCUCUUCUCAGGUGAGCCAAUCAUAUAUGAUACGCCUGCGCGCGCGGUCGCUUGCGUGUCAUGUUGACAAACGCUAAAGACGGAGCUGGCAACAUGUCCGCCACUGCUGCUGCUCAGCAAAACAAUAACGAGGAGCCUAGCCUAAACGGGUCAUGGGUGGAGCUGGAGAUGAAUGGAAACAACAGGAAACAGGCCCUGCUGCCAAACUCCACCACACCCUCUCCUGCCCCGGGGAACGGGAAUGAGGGGGAGAGUCAGGCCCCUCAGGCCCUGGAGGUGGUGUCAGAGGAGGUGGAGGAGAGUCUGACAGCGGCGCUGGAGCAUGUGCCCUCAUCCUCCUCUAUCCACAAUGGAGACAUGGAGAAGAUCCUGCUGGACGCCCAGCACGAGUCCAGCCAGAGCAGCUCCUCCUGCGACAGUCCUCACAGACCUCCCAGUCCAGAUCAGGAUGACGGCCAAAUCACCUUUGAUGUGGAGAUGUCCAGUCGGAGAGGGAGCCAGUUAGAGGAGGAAGGUCCAGAGAAAAACGAAGAGGAUAUCAUGAUGAACAAAGUUGCAGAUUGGUCCAGUCGGCCUGAAAACGUUCCACCCAAGGAGUUCCACUUCCGUCACCCCAGACGCUCAGUAUCCCUAAGCAUGAGAAAUAGUGCAGCCAUGAAGAAAGGGGGUAUCUUCUCUGCUGACUUCCUCAAAGUCUUCAUCCCUUCCUUACUGCUGUCUCACAUUCUUGCCCUUGGCAUUGGGGUUUACAUUGGGAAGAGACUCCCCACGCCUUCCACCAGCUCUUUCUAAACCCAAAGUGAAGCAGUACCUGGAAGUCGCAUCAAAAUUAUCCUGUUGACUAGUUGUUACAAUGUCUUCAUGUGCUUAAAUGUCCUCUUUUCCUCUGCAUCCAUUGUAUGUCUAGCUAUCUCCUUUCAACUGUUUUUUCCCCCUUUUUAGUUAUUUGUACCACUAUCUGACAAUGACUUACCCAAGUGUUUUGAUGUAGCGUGCUUUUGGAGGGUUCAUAAUUCUGAAAUGACUGGGAACCUUUUACCUUUUGACACAGAUUGGCUUUGAACGGUAAUGACCACUAGCAGCACAUAAUAGUUCACAGCACCUACCUGAAUCUGAGUGUUGUACUUCUGGACAAAAUUAUUCCUCAAAAGCUGUUUAUACUGUACUGCACAAACACUGUGACUGGUAUUGGAUGGCACAGGGCCUGGAGGUUUGGGAAUUUCUCUUAGAUUUCUACACAGAUUACUUGGCUUAGACCUAGAGAUUGUGCUUUGAGAAAUCAAGAAUUCCUCUACUGCUCCCUACUCCAAGUCAGUAAAUUUCAUGGUGACUUUUACCUGAACCAAAAUAAGCUACAUAUCUGCAGUACGUCUUUCAAUUGGCAUUGAGAAUUGCAGUAACUGUGAAUCAAGUGGUAUUGUUGUUCGGAUUUGUUAUUUUAUUACAUGGUUUGGAAUAAUAUUCAGCCCAGACUUAUCAAUUCAGGAGAAGUGUGCUUGUAAUUCCAGCCUAUUCUAGUUAUACCUAAUUUGUGUCAUUUAGUAGCCCCAAAUAAUUAUCUGAAGGUGGUCUCUUGGUGAAAGGGUGUGAAUAGUGAAUCUAGUAGCUACUGCAGAUUUCCAUUGAUUAACAGGAAAACAUCCCAGUAGAUAGAUGCAGAAAGAAUAGUACAUCUAAAUGCAGUACAGGGUAAAGUACGGGGUAAGGGAAAGUUUGAAUGAAGACUUUAUGUACAGUAGUUGAUACCAAUAUAUACAACCUGCCUGUUGUUCAACAACUCGUGUGUCAAUGCCACACAUGCUUUUGUUUUUCAUAUCUAAUUUAUUUUCUCCAAGCUGAUUCUAUAAACCUUUUGAAUGUAAGUUUUCCUGUGUGGUAACACGCCCUCAGUGUAUAGGUCCAGCCACCAUACAGAGUAGGGUGUAUUGGUGGAAUGAUGUUAUAACUGGCCACAAAUAAUUCAGUUUUGUUUCCUUUUGGUACACAAAAUGACUACUGCAUAGUGCCAAAUAUAGAUUUAUUUUAAUCUCAGCACUUUCAUUACAAAGGUAACAUGCACAGUGAUUUGUCAACUAUUGGAUAAGUUUAACUAACACAAACAGUUUCAUGCACUCAUAUCUCCAGUCCUGAUAAGUCACCUACCUGGUUUUGACAUGUCCUCCGGUGAACAUUUUGUGUAUGCAUGAAAUAUGUUUCCAUUCCCCAUAGGCAUACAUUUCCAUAAAGCAGACCAUAUGUAAGUAAUGAUUUUUGGAUAAAUCUUUAACAAUGAUCUAUUUGGUACUGAAAUAAUUUUAUGUAAUCUGAUAAAAGGACCCUUUUUCUUUUUUUUGCAAUAGUAAAAGCUUCUUUCUUUUCAUACACUAAGUAAUUAUUCUCACAUAGCGUGCGAUAGGAACUCCUGAGAAAGUAUCUUUACAAAACCAGCACUCCACCCCUGCUUGGUUAUUUAGUUUUUUUUUACUUUGGGGGGGGGGGUGUGAGUGGACAAUGGGGAUAGAUGUGAUGAUUGUAGGAGGGUUAUUUUUUUUGAGUGGGAUUGUUUUGUGCCUCUGUUCUUGGUUUGUGCCAACUCAAAGUAACUCCCAUUGCAUGCAUGCCUUUAGCUUGUAAUUGACAUUGAUUAACUUAUUAUCAUUCAUGAGAUGCCAAAGGCUGUCAUAGCUUUCAUUUAAUAUUGUCAAGUCCAUCCUGUAUCUAACACAGAAGUAUGUGCAUUAUCAUUGGUUUCAUUUUUUUUCUUUGAUAAUACAAAAUACAAACUGAAAGAUGCUUGGUCCUUUCCCUUGAACAUGUUUUGUUUGUGAUAUUGAUUCUUGUAGCAAGACCCUUCAGCCUUGUUUGAUAGUUUUUCCAAUUUGACAAAAAUCUGACAUUAAAAUGAGAAAUUAACCGCAA